AUGUCAUUAAUAGUCAUUCUUCUGCUGCUUCUCGGACUGUAUUCAAGAGAAGCAGACUCUUUGUCGCUCGACGGAAACAACCGAAACUACCUUGCGCGCCUGACUGCCUCUGGUCCGUCAUGUACAUCAUUCACCACAGCUGGCAGUCCUGUUAGUCUGGAGAACAUUAUACGUGCCAUACUCAAUGGGAACUGGGAUCGUGUCGAAUUAGUGUACCAAAUGGCAGACGAAGCUUGCACUUUGCAAAUGAAGCACGACAUCUACGAGGCUUUGUGGCUAGAGUGGCAGAAGGAGAAACACAUCUACGAUCCCCUUAAAAUACUCGAUUUCUAUGACCAACUCAAUCGUCAACCAAAUGUUUCGCCAGCCUUACUUAAAAACAUCUAUGUGACCUUCGUCAUCCGCAGCACUCAGAUACUUUCGAUGCCUCUCCACACCGACAGUCAAAAUGCCAGUUUCCCGCUGGCCAACUCGCUGCUUCAGGGUUUAGCGCGAAGUCCAAGCAAUUAUACGGAGGACAUACUCGAGAUUCUGUUUGACGAUGUGCUCUCUAUGGAGUCCUUACUUAAUGUGGCUCAACGUCUAGGCAAUUUCAAGGCUAGCAUCACCCAAUUGACUAUGGCCAACUUGCAGUUGCUGAACCGCAUCAAAGGCGAUUUCAAUUCGAGUGCGUUCCCGAUCUUGUUGGAGAAUCUUCGUCAGCUGUCGAAGCAAGAGAAAAUUUCCCGAGAAGUGGAGCAAACUCUGCGUAUUUCGGUUUCCAAUUACUUUACUCUUGAGACCACCCAAAAGGUGUGCUUGCACAAUACGAACAACGAUUACAUUUAUGAAUGCGAUUCCUCCAACAUAAUGUGCACUCUUGAACGAAACUAUGAAAUAGCGAGUUUCAGGGUGCUGCGUAAUGCCAGCGAUGAAACUCAGUUUGCCUUCCAAAGCCCGUACUGGGAUAAUCGCUAUUUAGUAAUAGAUUCGUCCAUUAGCAUUCAAUCAAAAGACACCAAGAACGUGUACAGUAAAAGCAACAUCUACUGGUGGCGUGUGGUUCCGGUGAGAGGUGGAAUGGCAAUCUUUGAUGCUGCCACAUCCAGUUCGGUGUUGUGUUCCGGCAAUCCAGCGCAGUGGGACUAUCAUGCAUACACACGCCAUGCAAAAGAUUUAGAUGCGCAUCUCAGCGAAUGCACCUGGAUCAUCGAGGAUUGCAGCAAUAAAUAA